AUGGCCCGCGCUCCCGCCCCCGCCGGAUGCAUCCUCAUCGUUGCCGUCGUGCUCGCGGUGGCAGCCUCCCCCGUGCGCGCGGCGGCCCCGCCGGCUGCCUCUCCGGAGAAGUCUAAGGCCAUGUCGUUGCCGGCCGCCGCGCUGGCGAAGGCGCACGGCGCGGCGCUCAGGGUGGUCAACACCCUCGAGGCUGGCGUGUCCGGGACCCUUGGGAUGCUGAAGAGCACGCUGGGCGGACAUGGUAGGGGUAAGGCCUCCGCUGGCGCCGGUGCCCCGGGGGGAGGCGCGCCCGCCAUGGCCCCAGCUGGCGCAGGCGGCCGGCGUCAUGGCCCGCCGACCAUGGCCCCUGCCGCUAGCGCCCCUGAACACGGCGCGCAUGCCAGGAGCCCUGCCGCUGGCGCCCCGGAGUAUGGCUCGGCGGCCAUGGGCCCUGCCGCCAGCUCCCCGGGGCAUGGCUCAGCAGCCAUGGGCCCUGCCUCCGGCGCUCCGAAGUCCGCCAUGAGCCCUGCCUCCGGCGCUCCGAGGUCCGCCAUGGGCCCUGCCUCCGGCGCUCCGACGUCCACCAUGGGCCCUGCCUCCGGCGCUCCGAGGUCCGCCAUGGGCCCUGCCUCCGGCGCUCCAAGGUCUGCCAUGGGCCCUGCCUCCGGCGCUCCGAGGUCGGCCAUGGGCCCUGCCUCCGGCGCUCCGAGGUCGGCCAUGGGCCCUGCCUCCGGCGCUCCGAGGUCCGCCAUGGGCCCUGCCUCCGGCGCUCCGAGGUCUGCCAUGGGCAUGGGCCCCGCCGCGGAAUCUCCGGGGCACAAAGCUUUCACCAUGGAAGUAGGCGGCGUCUCCGGUCCAGCGGGCGCCCCCGACGCUAAGGUGUCCAGCGAAGAAGCCGCCUUCCCGCCCGACACGCCCAUUGCCAGCGAGGCCACCGAGGCCAAGGUCACCAGUUCGGCAGACGAAAGCUCGACGGAGACCGAAGACACCCCCGCCGCCGCCGAGGGGGAGGGGCCCGCGGCGGCGGCUCCUGGUCCCGACUCCGAGGCGGCCGACCACGCUGGCGGAGCGAGCGUCGUCAAGUCCAGCGGCCUCGGGCCCGUCGUUGCGUUCUUGACCGCCGUCGUGUGCGUCGUGGGUGCUCUCUAA